AUGUUUCUGUGCCCAGUCGAUGAUGGAAGAGAAACCGGCCGUAUACGAAGAUUUGCAGUCCUCGAACUUGCCGGUGCUGUCAAGGCCCACGGUGUUGACAUUCGCCUUGACACCACACAUGAGGGCGGUGGCACAGGCCGAGGAACCCCCAACUUGGGCGUCGAUGUUGUAGGUCUGGAAGGAGAUCGACGUCGAGUCAUCUUCGGUUUCGAGGGCACCUCAUCAAAUCUGCGAAGAGGCAAUUGUCAAUCAGAAUCGAAAGCAACGAUAGUAGAUACAUCUGGAGGUGCGGUGAGACACACGGACCCCCCCGCCGCGGUAAUGGCCUCGCCCGUUACCUCGCUCCUAAGGGCUCGGAAUAUAACACAAAUAUACCAUCUUUCAUCAUCAGUGCGUGUAUGUUCUCAGGAGACCGAAUGUGUUAUGGAGAUUUACCAACCAUUAAUAACGACCCCAACUGCAGGUGUGAGACAGAUGAAUGGCUCUUCAUGGCUUGGAUCACAGCUGAGAGUGGAGGUUGCCAAGGAGAGUUUCUUGGACCGCUUGAAGAGAGAACGUAUGGAAGCACAGCAAGAGGAGAGAAAUGAUCAGUCAUCAUUUUCCAUGCCUAAUAGAUAUAACAGAGAGGAAAGCAGAGUGAAAUAUGACUAUAACCAAGGUAGGAAUGAAAAGAGGUUUGAUCAAAAUAACCGCCAAGAAAAUUUCAAUGGGGGCAAGAAAAGAGAAAGACCCUCAGAAGAAACAUAUGAGAAGCAGGGUGACACUUUUGGCACCAGAUCACAGCCAAUGAAGAGGAAUGCAACAGAGGAAACUAUGAUGACCAGCUUCAAGAAUUACUCCUCAGUGUGGAAUGACAGUGAGGAAGAAGAUUCUGGCCAUGGGAAAGACAAAAGGUCCAGAAAUAAGGCUGAAUCCAAAGGGUUCAUUGAUUCAGAUGGAGGAACAACAGCAGAUGAGGAGGAGGGAGAGGGCCAUGAUACAGGAGAUGUCAGGAAGGAGCAGCAGGCUCAGCUGAGAUUGCUGGAAAGCAUGCAAGGCACUAAUAAGACUAAGACAAAUUUAAGGUCACAGGCAAGUUCUGGCCAUAACAGUGACGUGCAGCCAAUCAUCAGGUUUGACCCAACCAGAAUGAAGCCUCAGCCUAAAGCACAACCAAAACAACCCUAUGUACCAGAGGACAAACCAAUUUUGACAGAUGAUUCAAAGUAUGUGAAAGUUUCAAAGGACCUUGACUUCACACAGAAAUCAUCUGGAUUCAGUCUUUUGGCACAGUUUGGAGAACUUAAGGAUGAAGAAAAAACAAUGGAAAUUCAAAAGACAGAGCCAGCUGUUAUACCCCAACAUGUUGAAGCAAAGCCACAUGUUGAACACCCAAAAGGAGUCAAGCAAUACAAUUUCUUCAUUACAUCCAGUGAUAAACAUAUAAAAGGUUAGUCUUAUUUGAAUUAU